AUGGCGCUCAGCAUCGAUCAGAAGCGUCUGAAGGCCACGAAGUUCCCUCCGGAGUUCGAUCGCAAGGUUGACAUCGAGAAAGUCAACAUUGAUCUGAUGAAGAAGUGGAUUGCGCAGAAGAUCACAGAUAUCCUGGGCGACGAAGAUGACAUCGUCGUGGAGACAUGUUACAACCUGAUCGAGCAGAACCAAUCCCCCAAUAUCAAAGAGAUCCAGAUCCAACUCACCGGCUUCCUCAACAAGGACACACCAGCAUUCUGCAAAGAGCUGUGGGAUCUGAUGCUCAGCGCUCAGGAAAGCCCCAUGGGCGUGCCAAAGGAAAUGCUCGAGGCGAAGAAGCUCGAAUUGCAGCAGGAGCAGCUCUCCAAAGCGGCCGCCGAGUCCCGUCGCAAAGAACAGUCAGACCAAGACGACAUUGUCGAGGGGAUCGAGAGGACAGAGGGGAUCGAGGUCGUGGUCGUGGACGAGGCGGCUUCCGCGGUGACUAUAGAGACCGUGCAGAUCGGGGAGAUCGUGGCGACCGUGGAGGAUACCGAGGCGAUAGAGGUGGAAGAGGAGGCCGAGACUUCAACCGUCGACCACCACGCCGAGACUCGCGUUCACCGCCCCCAAGGCGCAGGUCACCUCCACGCCGCGAGCGUGACGUCUAUGUCCCGAAUGGUGGCCGUGGUAGAGGACGCGGCCGUGCUAGUUCGCGAGACCGUCGCUCGCCCUCAGGCAGCCGGUCUCGUUCUCCACCGCCUAGACGCGCCCGCCGCUCCCCUUCUACCGAUCGCUCGCGCACACCACCGAGACGCCGAAGACGCUCUCCCUCAAGCAGCCGCUCAAGGUCUCCACCCCGCCGAUCGAGGCGCUCGCCCUCUCCACGACGCAAGCGGAGGAACGGUGAAUGGGACAAAGCAUGGUCCCCUAGCAACGACAGCAGAAGGCUACCCAGGCACACAUCUCGAUCUGCUUCCCCCAAAGAGAAAGCGAGCUCACCAGCACCCAGGCUGUCAAGGUCACGAUCUCGCACGCCGCCGCGUCGCCGACGCGCAAGAUCAAGCAGUUCACGGUCUGUAA